AUGGCGCAGCACAUCCUGGCGCUGGCGGCCGAGGAGGUCCCCGAGCGGCUCCAGGCGGCUCUGCAGAGCCUGGGGGAGGGCGAGCUGGGCGACAUGGUGACAAAGCAGGCCCUGAAGGGAAGGGAGACGGCAGCUUUGCUAAGGGGGAUCUUCAAAGGUUCCCCUUGUUCGCAGGAAAGCGGUGUUCUCAGAAGGCUUAUGGUUUACAAGCAUUGUGUCCCGCUAGUGGAGUCAGGGGAUCUACAUUUGACCAAGGUGUCUGAAAUCAUAGGACUGCUGAUGCUGGAGGCUCGCCAGCUGCCAGGCCAUGCGUUGGCUGAACUUGCCACCCUCUUUGUUGAUGUUAUUAAACGAGGCAGCCUAUCUAAUGGGAAAUCUUUGGAGUUGUUUUCCACUGUUCUUACUGCACUGGCCAGUUCUAAGGAGUGCCUGGCUUAUGGGAAAGGUGAACUGAGUGGGGAAGAAUUUAAGAAACAGCUGAUAAAUACCCUCUGCUCCAGCAAGUGGGAUCCUCGGAGUGUCAUUCAUCUUGCCAACAUGUUCAGGGAUGUUCCGCUAACAGCAGAGGAGCUGCAGUUUGUGGUGGAAAAGGUCCUGAGGAUGUUCUCCAAAUUAGACCUCCAGGAAAUUCCUCCUCUGGUCUAUCAGCUGCUGUUGCUCUCUGCAAAGGGCAGUAAGAAGGCUGUUUUAGAAGGAAUCAUCAGUUUUUUCAAUCAGCUGGAUAAGAGACAAAAGGAAGAACAGAGAGCUCCGCAAUCAGUGGAUCUUGAAGUAGCCACAAUGCCCUUGGACCAGCUCCGCCAUGUGGAAGGCACCGUUAUUCUCCAUAUUGUUUCUGUUAUAAACUUGGAUCAGGACCUAGGCGAGGAACUAAUCAGAUAUCUAAAGACUGAACAACAAAAGGAUCCUUGUACAGCCCUGUGUCCCUUCAGUGUGGCUCUUUUGCUGUCAGUAGCAGUAAAACACAGACUGCAAGAGCAGGUAUUUGAUUUCUUGAAAACAUCAAUCGUGAGAAGCUGCAAGGAUCUGCAGUUCCUUCAGGGCUCCAAGUUUCUGCAGGAUUUGUUUCCUCAAAAAUAUGAUGUUACUGCCAUAAUUCUGGAAGUGGUAGAAAACAGUGCAUUUGGCUGGGACCAUGUUACUCAGGGGCUUGUGGAUCUUGGCUUCAGCCUAAUGGAAUCAUAUGAACCAAAAAAGCCAUUUGGAGGAAAAGUUGCUGAGACCAGUUAUGGCUUUUCAAAAACGCCAUCCCAGCAGGCUUGUAGACUCGGAGCAAGUAUCCUGCUGGAAACCUUUAAGGUCCAUGAGCCCAUCAGAAGUGAUAUUCUUGAGCAGGUUCUGAACAGAGUCCUCACAAAAGCAGCUUCUCCUGUCAGCCACUUCAUAGACUUGCUGUCCAAUAUUGUUAUGUCUGCCCCUCUUGUGCUUCAGAAUUCGUCCUCCAAAGUCACAGAAACCUUUGACAACUUGUCCUUUCUGCCCCUCGAUACAGUGCAAGGGCUGCUCAGGGCAGUACAGCCCCUGCUCAAAGUCAGCAUGUCAGUGAGGGACUCCCUGAUACUUGUUCUCCAAAAAGCGAUCUUUUCCAGGCAGCUUGAUGCUCGUAAAGCUGCAGUUGCUGGCUUUUUACUUCUGCUGAGAAAUUUCAAGGUUCUGGGCAGCUUGUCCUCUUCCCAGUGCAGCCAGGCCAUUGGUGCCACUCAGGUCCAGGCAGAUGUUCAUGCCUGCUAUAAUUCUGCAGCUAAUGAGGCCUUCUGCCUUGAAAUCCUCGGCAGCCUGAGGCGAUGUUUGAGCCAGCAAGCGGAUGUCCGACUCAUGCUAUAUGAGGGUUUUUAUGAUGUCCUUCGUAGGAACUCUCAGCUUGCCAGCUCCAUAAUGGAAACGCUGUUGUCCCAGAUAAAGCAAUAUUACUUGCCCCAACCAGACCUACUGCCCCCACUGAAACUUGAGGGAUGUAUUAUAGCUCAAGGAGAUCAAGUCUUUCUGCAAGAACCGCUAGCCCAUCUGCUCAGCUGUAUCCAACACUGUCUAGCCUGGUAUAAGAGCACCAUACAUCUACACCAAGGAGUGGAAGAUGAUGAUGAGGAGGAGGAGGAUGUGAGAUUUCAGCAAAACUUAGAGGAGAUGCUAGAUUCUGUCACACGACGAGUGAUCAAAAGUGAGCUGGAAGACUUUGAACUGGAUAAAUCAGCAGAUUUUUCUCCGUCUUCUGGUGUUGGUGUGAAGAAUAAUAUCUAUGCCAUCUUGGUCAUGGGAAUCUGUGAGGUCCUGAUUGAGUACAAUUUCAACAUAGGGAACUUCAGUAAGAACAAAUUUGAGGAUGUCCUAGGUCUGUUUACAUGUUACAACAAACUGUCUGAAAUCCUGAAGGAGAAAGCUGGAAAGAACAAAACUCUCCUAGGCAACAAAACUGCUCGGAGCUUCCUGUCCAUGGGUUUUGUAUCUACACUGCUUACAGCUCUGUUCAGGGACAAUGCUCAAAGCCAUGAGGAAAGCCUGGCAGUUCUGCGCUCCAGCACAGAGUUUUUGCGCUAUGCUGUCAGUGUAGCUCUGCAGAAAGUGCAGCAACUGGAGGAGACAGGACAAACUGAUGGACCAGAUGGACAAAACCCUGAGAAGAUGUUUCAGAACCUCUGCAGAAUCACACGAGUUCUGCUGUGGAGAUACACUUCAAUUCCCACUGCUGUUGAAGAGUCAGGGAAGAAGAAGGGCAAAAGCAUCUCACUUCUGUGCUUGGAAGGUCUGCUGCGGAUCUUCAACACAGUGCAGCAACUGUAUGCUGCCAGGAUCCCCCAGUUUCUACAAGCCCUGGAUAUUACUGAUGGGGAUGUAGAAGAAACAGAUAUUAAUGUUACAGAGAAAGUUGCCUUCCAGAUCCGACAGUUUCAGAGGUCUCUGGUGAAUCAGUUCAGCAGUGCUGAAGAUGACUUCAACUCCAAGGAAACCCAGUUGCUCAUCACAGUUCUUUCCACUUUGUCCAAACUGCUUGAGCCAGCCUCUCAGCAGUUCCUUCAGUUCCUGACUUGGACAGUCAAAAUUUGCAAAGAAAAUGCUCUAGAGGAUAUCGCAUGCUGUAAGGGUUUGCUGACUCUGCUCUUCAAUCUCCAUGCUCUGUACAAGAGCCCCGUCAGUUUGCUUCGUGAACUUGCACAAGAUAUCCAUGCUUGCCUGGGAGACAUAGAUCAGGACAUAGAAGUGGACAGUCGGUCGCAUUUUGCCAUAGUGAAUGCCAAGACUGCAGCCCCUACUAUCUGUCUGCUGGUUCUAGGUCAGGCAGAGAAGGUCCUUGAAGAGGUGGAUUGGCUUAUCAAGAAACUUAACAGUUUGGGAUCAGACACAUCAGAAGACUCUUCUCAGAUAUUCAACCAAACCCAGGCUCUGGAGAAGGGUGUAAUUCUGCAGCUGGGAACUCUGCUGACAGCUUACCAUGAGCUGGUACAAACAGCACUCCCUGCAGGUAGCUGUGUGGACAUGCUGCUGAGAAGCCUCAGCAAGACAUACGCCAUUCUCACCUCCCUCAUCAAACAUUAUAUCCAAGCCUGCCGCAGCACCUCAAACGCUGUUCCAGGGAGGCUUGAAAAGCUGGUCAAGCUCUCGGGUUCUCAUUUGACCCCACAAUGUUACUCCUUCAUUACUUACGUACAGAACAUUCACAGUGAGAGCUUAAGCAUUGCAGAAGAGAAGAAAAAGAAGAAGAAAGAUGAAGCUGCUGCAAUCUCCACAGUCAUGGCUAAGGUACUUAGGGAGACUAAGCCAAUCCCAAACCUGAUUUUUGCAAUAGAACAAUACGAGAAGUUCCUUAUUCAUCUCUCCAAGAAAUCAAAGGUGAACUUGAUGCAAUACAUGAAGCUAAGCACUUCCCGGGAUUUCCGCAUCAAUGCAUCCAUGCUGGAGAGCGCACUGCAGGAGCACAACACAGAGGAUGCUGAGAAUGAGCCAGACAAUGACCAGAGCAGCACAGCAGAGCAACCAGAUGAGAACCAGGAACCCAAAAAGAAGAGACAACGAAAAAAAUAAAGCUGUGGUUACAGCCUCCUCCUCCUCCCACAGUGCCUAUUCUGUAGCAGACUCACCUCAGUCUUGGAGAACUCUGUGCAUGAAGAUAACUGUUUGUUUUUGCCAUUGACAAAUAUUUGGAACUACUUCCUUCAUGCCCAUGGGCACACAAGCAGUGACUGCAGCCAGUGUCUCAGGUCUUACAGCUAGCUGCUGCCCUGGGAGGUGCCUAUGUCGUUAGAAUGUGCUGCUGUUGGUCCUCAGGAGCAUCUAUUCUUCCAGCAAAAGCAAAGCAGCUCUGCUGUGAUCACCCUGCCAGAGGAUCUGCUUCUGAAAGCACAGCCAGACACUGGCACACUCUCUGGACAACAGUCAUUCUGUCCCUUUAGCUUCAUAAUUUCUUCUCCAGUGAGCCUUUAGUUUUUUCAAUUAGCUGAUAUAUAUCCAGCGCUUCCCCUGUAAGACAAUGGGACGCUAAGUUCCUUGUAGUCUGCAGUAUAGUUAGAGACUAACAUAAGAGCAAAAGACUGACAGUAAUUAUUUCUUCAGUUCACAGCUUUUAGCACAAAAAAGUUCUAAAUCUAUUCAAACUACUGCUGUGUGGUGGUGUGAAUGCAGGAACCACCACUGACAGGAAGCUGGAAAUAUGAGUUAUUCUGCCUUGGAGUUGAAGCCUGCUGCUGUGUACAGCUGCUGAAAGGCAGAAAGGUGACAGCUUCCUCUGCUGGCUCAUGAGUCUGGGUUGUUAUGUUUUUGCUGACCUUGAUGCAAGGCACUUGCUUAGUUUGCCUCAUUCCUGGGGAGAAUAGAGGUACCAUUCUUGCCCACAGAACCUAAAUCCUUUUUCUAAAAGCAUACUUUUGCCUGAAAGACUCCUAAUAAAGGUUGCAAAAGGC